AUGAGUGAGCGAAUGGAAGUAGAAGAAUCAAAGCAUCAGGUUUUGGCAAUUGAAGAAGAUGAUGAACUAGAAGAGUUUGAGGAUGAAAAUUGGGGGGAAAGCAAAGAAGAAGAGUUUGAUAUACAGCAGUGGGAAGAGGACUGGGAAGAAGAACAGCCAGGAGAUAUGUUUACACAGCAGCUUCGCCAAGAAUUGCUAAAGCCUUAA